UGCUAUAAUAUUUUAUUUAAAUUUGAAAUGAAUAAUGAGUGCUAACCUCCACUCUCAGAUUCUCACAUGCUUCCACCCAACACUUCAAGCUUUCCAGAGUGAUGAGUAAAUGAUCUCUCUCUCUCUAGAAUGCAGCUUUCUCUGCUCUCAAUGUGUCUAUUUCAAAGCUCGGUAGCUGUGUGUGCGAUUUAAAUUAUCAAACACCAAAAUGUGGCAAGUCCUAGUAGCAGCAGCGGCAGCGGCAGGAUCUGGAAUUUUAGCCAAGAAAUUCAUUACACCCAAUGACACUGAUUGCAAGCAAAAAUACCUAGAAUCUGCUGAAACCAAAUCUUCGCUGCCACAAGAUUUCGUCUUCGAAUCAGAUGAUACAUUUAAAGAAAGCAGCAAUCAAGAGAAGAGAGAAACCCUCAGCGACGAGGCCGCCAUCUUUAGGUUUUCCUGUCCGGAGACGGCGUCUAAGGAACUCAGGAAGAACACUCGAAAUGGCGGUUCGAAGAGAGGGAAGAAGAGUGCUGCGGCGGAAGGCUCUCGGAAAGAGGUGGUGGCGGAUCAGCUGGGAAAUGGGAGUGGAAAGAGGGUUUCUGUUUGCUUGAAGAAGAGGAGAACCGGCAAGCAUGCUGCAGGAAAGUGUGAAUCUUGUGUUUCAAAAGAUAAUUCAUUUGGCUGGGGAGUUGGCGUAGGGAUAAUGUAUAUGGUGUCAGCUGGAACUGCUGAAAUCUCUAAGUUGAACUCUGCAAUGGACGAGACUGUAAAAACUGUCCAAGAACUAAAAGCUGAAAUCUCAAAAAGGAAAAACGCACAAAACGUGAAUGUCCCUGUUGCUGAGAAUGAAGCUUCAACAAAUAAGAAGUUUGUUGAAAGAAGUUACAAAGAUCCAUUAUUCACUAGUGUAGGUGCCAAGAGCAAAGAAAAUAUGAAAGCAUUUUGUCUUACUUUGACCGACGAAGGUGAAUAUGCAAGUAGCAUUAUUACGGAUACUCAGCAGCCUGAGGUGUUGGAAAUGCAUCAGUUGGAAGCAGAGCUAGAGUCUGAACUUCAAAAACUUCCGUGGUCUGCCAUGGAAGCUUCUAGUUCUGAAGGAAGAACAGAUAUCUUUGAGGCUGAAGUGUUGGCUAGAGGAGAACCAUCAGAAGAGUUUGAGAAUGCAAGCGCAUAUCAAUACAAUGGAGUAUUGGCCGGUGAACUGGAUCAGAAAUUGUGCCAUUUGCUCGUCGAACAACAGGAAAGCCAAAUAACGGAGCUGGAGUCCGAGUUGCAUCACGCACAUUCCAAACUCCAACAGAAAGAAGCUGAGCUCCAAAAACUCAAAGACUGUGUCAAACGUCUCACUCAGUUCUCGUUAUCAAAUGCUUCAGAUGAAGAAGCUGAGGACCAACAGGAGGAUGUGGAGGCAAUAACAGAUGAAGUUGAAGAGGAAAAGCAGACGUCCGAAUGCACGAAAUCAACGGUCGGAAUGAAACGAAGCAUUGGCUGUAAAUCUUACAUUUGUUCCGAGAAAUGACAGUUUGAUACAUGGGAAACAAUAAUCGGAUGCCUGAAUGCUGCAAAUAUUUUGUAAGGGUCUCACCUCUGGCAUCAUUGAUGGCUCUUGACACCCUUUGUUCUUCUCCAUGCAAUGGUCCCCCCCACCCCCUUAAGAAAAAUACAACAAAAAUCUGUUAUGUAUUUUUAUAUAUAUAUAUAUACUUUUUAAAAA